AUGAGUGUUGACAGCGAAAAUAAGUCAAAUGAAGCUAUUGCUCCAUUUUCACCAUCAGCAAAUCAGGAAAAUACAGAUAAUGGAAACAUUCAAGGAACUAAUAUAACCCCAGAAAUGGUGCUACGAUUACCUACAAUUACUGAUAAGUAUUUAUGUUCUCCUGAGGCAAACAUUUAUGAUAUAGAUUUUACAAGAUUUCAAAUUAGAGAUUUAGAAACAGGAGCAAUAUUAUUUGAGAUAACAAAACCUCCAGCUAUUGAAUGUGAUUCUAAUCAAGAUGUGGAACCAGAAAAUGAAGAAUCUGGUUGUGAGGAUGCUAAUACUGGCCGUUUUGUACGGUAUCAAUUUACACCUCAGUUUCUUAAAUUAAAGACUGUUGGAGCUACAAUUGAGUUUCUGGUGGGUUCUAAACCUGUGAACAAUUUUCGAAUGAUUGAACGUCACUUCUUUAGGGACAGGUUGUUGAAAACUUUUGACUUUCAAUUUGGGUUUUGUAUACCAAAUAGCAAGAAUACUUGUGAACACAUUUAUGAAUUUCCUACUUUACCUGCUGACUUGGUUUCUGAAAUGAUUGCUAAUCCAUUUGAAACACGUUCGGAUUCUUUUUAUUUUGUGGACAAUCAAUUGGUCAUGCAUAAUAAAGCCGAUUAUGCAUAUAACGGUGGGCAUACACAUGAUUCACUAUUAGAACCACCUAUAAACAGUGUUGAUCCAUUGUACACUCUUGAUCCUACAUCUGGAAAUACAGCUACUUGUGUUGCAAAGUUUUGCUCUAACACAGGUAAAUUAACCCGCCAUUUAAAUUUUCCAUUAUUUGCUUCUACUAAAUUCAUUGCUAAAAACUGCAAUGAGAAGAAAAUGUUAAUUUAUAAUUUAUAUAAAUGGUUAUAAUUUAUAUAAAUAUUUGAUUACCUGACGUAAAGGUAAAGAUUUAAUAGCAUUUGCUAGUUGAUCUUUGACACUAGUACGUGCCUUUGUCAAUGUUGUGAUUCCUUCUAGAUUUACUGUGCGCAUUGCUUUGAAUAUCUUUUCCAUGUUCAUGAGCUGAGGACUAGUUCUCACCGGAGACAUAUCAACUAUUAUUAACUUCUCUACUAAUUGUGGGUAAUUUAAAGCUACAAACAUCAUCGUAGAACCACCCAUACUGUGUCCUAUUAAUAUAGAUUUUUCAAAUCCUAAAUCAUUCAUAAGUUGAACUAUAUCUUGUGCCAUAUGACUGUAUGUCAUGUCUGAAGAAUGUGGAGAAUCUCCAUGGUUUCUUGCAUCUAUAGUUAUUACCUAUAAAUUUAUGUUAAGUAUUCUUUAUAUCACAUAAAAUACAAAUAUUUACCUUACGAUUUGUAUCCCGAUGAAUUGUUUUUGAUAAUAAAUUCCAAUUAGUUUUUGAACCGAAAAGACCAUGCAUUAUUAUUAUAGGUUGCUUAGAAGCAUUUUUAUUUCCACCCAUAGAUUCAUAGGAAACAUAGGCUAGUUUUACUGGUAUCACACUUGAAAAUUAGUAAUAAUGAAAUAAAGGCUACAUUAUAAAAAUUAAACUAUAUAAAUAAUACUGAAACAAACACUACAUGUACAUGUAUAUGUGUGUGUAUAUACGUACGAAUUAUAAUUACUACGUAUUUGUUUAGAAGAUAGAUAUGGUACAAAAAAUGAAGUAACAACGAAAUCUUGUCUUCGAUAAUGGAUAAAACUAUUUCGCGAUAUUACAUAUCGGUAACACAUGCUACUCAUAUUUUUAUUUUUUUUAUUUUUUUUUAACAAUAUUUAACAAUAAAUUUUAAUUGUCUUUUAUAAAGACUUAUAUUUUAUGUUACUUAUUUAUAACAUAAAUUCAUAAAUCAUAAAUGAACCAAAUACAUGUGAUAAAAGUACAUCGUGAAAUAAUAUUACAAUCCAAUAUUUAGAUUACACAAUUAUAUACAUCUAUUAUAUAAAUAAGUUGAGUAAUAAUUUAUAGUAUAUAGAUUGUUUCUAUGUUAUAUACAUUAUAGUUAAACAAAUCACUUUGCCAAUGUAGUAUAUAUAUUCUUACGUUAAUAUAGUACAGUAUACAUAUGUAUGCAUGUAGUAUUCUGUGAAUGUGUAAUAACUGGUUGAAUGAUCAAAUGCUAAAUUAGUAAACUUGUAAACGUUAAUAUAUUUAAAUAAUUUCAAUAAUUAAAAUUAAUAAUUCUGUAAGAUAAAUGAUUUGAUAUAUAAAAAGACUGAAAAGAUCUGGAUAAGAAAUUUAAAAAAAUUUUAAUUUCAAAUUAAUUAAUAUAUUUUAUAUAAUAUUUAUAUUAUUAAGUAUAGAAUUAUAUAAUAGGAUUCAUAUAAUAAGAAUUAAAUCUUGAAUUCUUUUAAAUUUUAUUUCUUUUUAAUAUACAUAAUAUAAAUAUUGCAUGUAUAUAGAUAAAAUGUUAAAAAUUGCAUUAAUCUAUAAACAGAAUGUUUCAGUAGAAUAAAACAAUUAUAGUCAUUAUAAUUUUAUAAGUUACACAAUUAAUAAUUUUAUAAGUUACAUAAUAAAAUUUUGAUGCUAUUAUUUAAAAAAAAACAUAAUUUUUUAAAAAUUAUAGCUUUAAACUGAUUAAAAUUUUGAUGAAAUGUUUCAAAAGAAUUGGAAAUUAUUAAAAUUUCUAAAAAUUUAAUCUUUAGAAAGUAUGUCUAAAAAAUUCAGAUAGGGUGUUUAGAAAAUAUUUUAUGUAAUAAAAUUACAUUAAUAAAACUUUUUUUUUUGUCAAAUUUCUAAAUCUAUUAGGUAUUUUGUUUAAAACUCUUUAAAUGUUAUAUAUUAUAUAUAUUGUUAAUGAUUUAUGUAACGAAAGUAAAAUAAUUUCCAAUCGAUACAAUUAAUAUUUAAACAUAUUGCAAUUGAGAUUUUCUAGUAUUAUAUUAUAAUGAUAAAAUAUCUAUUAAUAGAAAAUUAGAGCUAUUACUGUUUAA